ACUACCGUUGAGAAUCCGUCGGAAAAGGUCAACCGAAACCAAUUGUUUGGUCGAAAGUUCCCUUGUUACCACCAUCAUUACAAUGGUCGGAAGCGAUAAGUGAUUGAUGAGUACUUGGAUAAACUUGAUUUAUGGUAAUUAUCUACGUUUCGAUGUAGAGGAAAAUGUAUAGUGCAAAAAUGGUGCUAAUAGUGACAUGUGAUCUAGUUGUUUAUAUGUAUGUAGUGUAAUUGUUUCUUAAUGAUGCUGUAAUUGUCAACAAGAUGGGAUGUAAUACGAGCCAGGAGCUACCUAAUUAUAACCCGCAAGUGGCAGCAGGCAUCGAUAGGGAUGAGCUUACAGAGCUGCUGGAAGGAGAUAUUGAGGAAGUCGAAGCGGCAGCCACUAAGAUCCAAGCAGCGUUUCGGGGUCAUCAAGUGCGAAACAAGAUGAAGAAGGAAGACGUUAAGGGAAGCGAUGCCCAGCAGAACUCCAGCGCGGACGGCGAACGAGAACCCACCCAACAAGAGCUGGAGGCUGAAUUCGAUCCUAAUGACGAAGAAUUGACUCAGGCCGCCACCAGGAUUCAGGCGUGCUUCCGGGGACACAUGUCCCGGAAAGACGGCACCGACAAGAAAAGCAAUGAGAACGAUAAGAAGGAAGAGGUCGAUAUCGACGAAUUAACCAAAAAGGUUGCCGAGGAGUUAGACAUCGACAUGGACGAUCCUGAACUGCACAAAGCGGCAAGCAAAAUUCAAGCCUCGUUCCGUGGUCACAAAAACCGCAACCCCGUUAAAUCGGACGGCAAGUAGAGCAAGCUGCCGAAUUAAUGAGACAACUAUAAAUUAAAAUUUUAAUAUUCGAAAUUUCACUAAAUAAAACAUUGAAAGGUAUAGAAGAUAUAGAUGCAAGUUGACCUACUUGAUACCCGAUAACGCAUUUUUGAUAGCAGUAAAACGUGAAACAAAUGGGACGAUAAAGAAAGAGAGUAAACUAUUACUAUAAACGGUGUUAUAAUUUCUGUAACUUUUAUCGAGAUCUAAUCUUACUGAUAAGUAACAAAACCACAACUUAGUUUAACGAUGACUUCGAAGUAGACCAAGAUAACUCCAAGAGUAUAUCUAGCGUACCACACGUUCAAUGAAAUGUCAACAAAACUUCUAGCGUACACGACACCACUAUUUAUUCGUUAAUUCUCGUUUUUGGGCAACAAAUGGAAGAAUGAAUUCAACAUAAUCAACAGCAAACAACAAAUUUAUUCAAAUACAGUGCACGGACGAAAAACGAUACAAAUGUACUACAUAAAAUAUGAGAAACUUUGUUAUAGAAAUGCAUAGAAGAUCUAACUUAUCCAUCCGUAUACUGAACACAAGCAACAAGCGAGUCUAGAACUCGAUAAAAAAUGUAAUGUUUUCAUCUUUAGAUUCUGCAGUUUUUAUAACAACCCGAUUGCAACACUAGCGCAAAUGUGGAUAAAUUACAAAAGUACCAGCUAAAUGAGAAAUAAAAAUGCAUAAUUACAGUGAGCUUUAAAUCCCGAUUA